AUGGCAGACAAAGAGAACAUAAGUAACAACUUGUUUGUGUCUCCCUCCGCACAUCAAAAUAAGAAAUCAUUCAUUGACAGUGCAACUAAAGCCCACAGUAUGCAGCUCUCCCAGGUUCACUCUGAAAAGCUUCUUCACACCGGGAAGGUUCUUCGAAAUGCCAUCUUCUUCAGAUCGCCUCAUAUGAUUCGAGACAGAAAGUACCAUCUGGAAACAUACAGGCAGUGUUGUGUGGGAACAGAGAUGGUGGACUGGCUAAUGCAGCACACCUCCAUUGUGCAUUCUCGCCUUCAAGCUGUGGCCAUGUGGCAGGUGCUUCUGGAGGAUGGCGUUCUUUGUCAUGUGGACCAGGAGCAGAGCUUCCAGGACAAGUACCUUUUUUACCGCUUCCUGGAGGAUGAAGUGAAGGAGUCUUCUUUACCCAGCGAGGAGGACAGGAGAGAAAGCCAAGAGGAGCUGCAGGACACUUUGCUGCUCCUCUCGCAGAUGGGGCCUGACGCCUACAUGAGGAUGAUUCUAAGGAAACAUCCAUCUGAUCGAACAGAAGAUGAUUUAGAGGUCAUUUAUGAGGAAUUGCUCCACAUCAAGGCUUUAGCUCACCUUACCACAACAGUCAAAAGAGAACUAAUGGGGGUGCUCAUAUUUGAGUCUCAUGCCAAAUCUGGAACAGUGCUCUUCAGCCAGGGGGAAGAGGGCACAUCAUGGUACAUUAUCCUGAAGGGCUCUGUCAACGUGGUCAUCCAUGGAAAAGGUGUUGUUUGCACACUACAUGAGGGAGAUGACUUUGGGAAGCUAGCGCUUGUCAAUGAUGCCCCCCGUGCUGCCUCCAUUGUCCUGAGAGAGGACAACUGUCACUUUCUGAGAGUGGACAAGGAAGACUUUAACAGGAUUUUGAGGGACGUUGAGGCCAACACCGUGCGCCUGAAGGAACAUGGUCAGGACGUCCUUGUUUUAGAGAAGAGUCUCAGUUGCAGCAGAUCUUCCAUCCAUGGAACUCUGGCCUCCCAUUACAAGUACAAAGUUAUGUCAGGGACACCAGAGAAGAUUUUGGAGCACCUGCUUGAGAUGAUGCGAAUGGAUUCUCAAUUUUCAGAGUCAGACGCAGCCUUAGAUGAUUUUGUGCUCAUGCACUGUGUCUUCAUGCCAAACAUUCAACUAUGUCCUGUGUUGAUGGCUCACUACCAUGCCCAGGCCUCACAGGGCUCUGAACAGGAGAAGCUGGACUACACUAUAAACAACAAGCGUCGCGUGAUCCGCUUGGUGAUGCAGUGGGCUGCCUUGCAUGGCGAUUAUCUGCAAGAGGAAGACACCUCCGUGGUCUUUCUGGAGGAUUUUCUUGUGGCGGUAUCAAAUGACGCAAAAGCACUUCCACCUAUCAGUGAGCAACUGCCAGAGCUGGAAAAAAUUGUAAAGUACAACACUAAUGAUGCCAAAGCCUCGAACAGAAAGCACAAUGUCCUACUGGAGCAGUUCAAUAGGGGAGAUGACACGCUGCAAAAGUGUCAGCCUGUUAAGUGCAAUGAUGAAAUUCUUUUCAAAGUUUUUUGCUGUGACCACACCUACAUUACAAUCCGUGCCCCUGUUUCUGCCUCGGUCGGGGAGGUCCUCCAUGCUGUGUCUGACAAGAUGGGCUCUGUGGAGGACCUUGUACUGGUCAGUCUCAGCUCGGCUGGAGAUAAAGUUGUGUUCAAACCCACUGAUGUGUCUGUGUUCUCCACUCCGACUACCAACGGGCGUCUUUUUGCCUGUUACAAGGAUCAGCUGCAUUCUCUGACCCCCAUGCCAGAGCAGGAGGGUCCGUCUGCAGGCACGUGGGCGAGUUUUGAGUGUAUGAGCACCAAGGAUGUUGCUUACCAUUUGACACUAUAUGACUGGGAGCUUUUCAAUUGUGUUCAUGAGCUUGAACUGAUAUACCACAUUUUUGGAAGACAAAAUGUGAAAAAGAGCACCGUGAACCUGGACCUCUUCUUAAAAAGGUUUAAUGAAAUUCAGUUUUGGGUGAUCACAGAAGUUUGCCUGUGCCCCCAGCUUAGCAAGCGGGUACAACUUCUCAAAAAGUUUGUUAAGAUCGCAUCCCACUGCAAGCAGCACAGUAAUUUGAAUGCCUUCUUCGCGAUCGUCAUGGGGCUUAGUAACCCAGCAGUGAGCAGACUGAAUCAAACCUGGGAGAAACUGCCGAGCAAAUUCAAGAAGUCGUACAGCGAGUUUGAAAACUUGAUGGACCCAUCCAGAAACCAUAGAGUGUACCGGUUGCUGGUUGCUAAACUAGAAGCUCCCAUCAUCCCUUUCAUGCCGCUAUUGAUAAAAGAUAUGACAUUCAUUCAUGAGGGCAACAAGACAUUUAUUGAAAAUUUGGUCAACUUUGAGAAAAUGCGGAUGAUAGCAAAUACAGUGAAGAUUGUGAGAUAUUGUCGGAGCCAACCAUUCAGUUCUGAGUCACCACUGGUGAACAAGAGCCACCCUGACGUGUGGCAUUAUGUACGUCACUUCAGUGUGAUCGACAAUCAGAAAGUGCUAACCCAGCUCUCUCAUGCACUAGAACCUCGAAGAUCUUGA